AUGGCUGCUGGGAAGCAGCAGAGAGUCAGGGUGUUGCCUCCAGAUGGAGGGUGGGGCUGGGUGAUCGUUGGUUGCUGCUUCAUGGUGUUGGUCUGUACGCGUGCAGUGACCAGGUGCAUUUCCAUCUUCUUCGUGGAGUUUCAGGCCCACUUUGGGGCAGACUAUUCAUCCACGGCCUGGAUCCACAGUCUGGUGGACAGCACCACCAUGCUCUGCGCUCCUGUAGGUAGUCUGGUGGGGAACCGCCUGUCCUGCAGGGUGGCAGUGAUGUUGGGAGGAGUCCUGGCCUCCUGUGGUCUCCUGAUCAGCUCCUUCUCUUCCAGUCUACAGCUGCUUUACUUCAGCAUGGGAAUCCUAACAGGUCUAGGAUUUGCCCUCUGUUACACCCCAGCCAUCACCCUGGUUAGCUGCUACUUCCGGCGCAGGAAGGCUUUGGCAUACGGCAUCGCCAUGUCAGGGAGCGGCAUUGGAACGUUUGUUCUGGCUCCAACUGUGCAGCUGCUUAUUGACCUGUACUCAUGGAGGGGGGCCCUUCUUGUUCUCAGUGCCUUUGUGGCCAACCUCUGUGUCUGCGGCGCACUGCUGCGACCAAUCACAGUGCAGGAGGAGGAGAUGGAGGACAGAGGGGCGGAGACAUGUGAUGCUGAACUUUCCAUCAAGCUUACCAAAGAUUCUGAAGACAGAACCAAGGAGCCAUCUUUGCUGCCCCUCCCUAAUGAAACCCCUGUUCCCCAGCUGAAGCAAACAUGUUGCCUUAGUUCCUGUUUCCUGUCUGUCAAGGAGUACCACUUCCUGUUACAGCCAGACUUCCUGGGUCUGGCCGUGUCCUUCAUCUUCCUGGCCAGCGGCUGCAGCCUGCCCUUCGUCUAUCUGGUGCCGUACGCUCUGAGCACUGGUGUCAGCCUCCAGAACUCUGCCUUCCUCAUGUCCAUCCUGGGAGUCAUCAACAUCGUGGGGAACAUCACCUUCGGCUGGCUGACAGACCAAAGGUGUUUGAAGACACACCGUCUAACCUGUUACACAUUUUCCGUGGCGAUGGAGGGUCUUUGCUGCCUCUUCACACCACUGCUCACUUCCUUCCCACUCCUUGUGCCGUUCGCCGUGCUCUACGGUUACUUUGAUGGCGCCUAUGUGGCACUGAUUCCCGUGGUGAUGUCAGACGUGGUCGGAGUUGGUUGCCUGUCCUCAGCGUUGGGCGUGGUCUUCUUUUUGCACGCCAUCCCAUACCUGGUGAGCCCACCAAUUGGAGGUUGGCUGGUUGAUGUCACCGGAAAUUACACAGCCAGCUUCUUCCUCAGUGGCACCGCCCUGCUGGCCAGUGCGCUCAUUGUCUCCAUCGUCACUGGGAUUCGCCUCUGCCGCCGGCGCCUACGCAGCAGACACAAGCCCCUCCCCCUCAGGCUGUCUGAUAGGCCAGACUGUUUACACAAAGAGAUGCACAGCCAGGGAGUUGCUUCAGAGUCACAAAGUUAG